AUGGACUUUGACCCACAUUCUAUUAAAUGGCAAUGCUGUUGUUGCUCCCUUCCCAGUGGAAUGCGUCUACUCGCAUCAUUCGAGCUCGCAUUUUGCACUUUAACCGCCGCCAUCACAAUGUUCAACAUCAUCAAUCGACCAUCGCAGGACCUCAGCACAUUCCAAGUUUGCCUUGUCGGUCUGAUGCUAUUCGUCGCCAUAACAAGUAUCAUGCUGAUAAUCGGAAUUCAAAAGCAUUCAGCUCAAUUGAUCUACCCUUCGCUUCUCGCUCGCGGACUUUGCACCUUAUUUCUCGCGGUUUUCGGCGUCUCGACAGUCUUCGCGCAUUCCAAAAACCCAUACGAGUACGCCGAUCGAAAAUACUACAAUAAAGGGAAGACGAACCAAAUCGAUGAGCCAAACAUCGCGUUGCGGCUCGUCCUAUUCGUGUUCGGAAUGCUUUUUCUAACCGUUAUCAUCUUCUAUUGCUCAUAUUUAGUAGUAAGGCUCAUCAGCUACGAGCAGUCCUACGCAAAGCUACAAGAGAGGCGAACUUCUCUAAUUCAAGCGGGAAUGAUAGACCCCGACUGUCCAAGUCGCCUACACUCUCGACGAGCUUCAUCCGCGUAA